GACACAGUCUGGGAAUAUGAAGCUGUACUUCAUACCUUUCAAUUAUUCAUGACAAAUCUCUUUUGAAUCAGGAUUACAUUUAUUGUGCGCUCUUCAAGAUACUGUGUGGAUGAACUCUUGUGUGACUUCUGGGAUUCAUUUAUUUGCAUUAUCAUACUGUUUUGGUUUGGACUGAUGGAGGUCUGUUAUAUAAUGGCAUAAGGACACUGGAGAACAUUAGAGUUUCAUGAGGAUCUGGAGCUGCUGCGUAUAUGGAUUUUGUGAAAGAGAGAAUCGGAGCAUGCAUUAAUGUAUCUACAACAGCAGUUCUUCAUCAGGACUGACAAUUAACAGGAUUACUACGAAAUUAAAACCGAAUGAGACAUCAUGCUGGGGAAUGGAGGGUUAUACGCGGUGAGGAAGAGGAAGAGACCCGCUCACAAGAGUUGUGGCCUCGAAACCAAACCUCAGGACGGCACUAAAUCAAACCCUUCCAAGCGUCACAGAGACCGGCUGAACGGCGAGCUGGACAAACUGGCGGCUCUUCUGCCGCUGCCGGAGGAGGUCCGAGCACGACUGGAUAAACUCAGUGUACUCAGACUCAGUGUGGGAUACCUCAAGAUCAAAAACUACUUCACUGGUACAUUAAGGAAGAAUUCAGGACCUGAGUUUUCUCGUAACGGUGUUGAGACGACAUCUUCACUAGCCAGCAUCGGCGUCUCUGAAGGGGAUCUGCUGCUUCAAGCGCUGAAUGGUUUUGUCCUGGUUGUGUCCACAGAUGGCUGCAUCGUCUACGCUUCACCCACCAUUCAGAACUACCUGGGUUUCCAUCAGUCUGACGUGCUUCAUCAGAGCGUGUUUGAUCUGAUCCACGUGGAUGACCGGUUCGUGUUCAGAUGCCAGUUGCACUUUGCCCUCGACCCCGAGGCCAGCAUUGAUGAACCAGCGGGCAGUGAGAGGAUUCCUCCAGAGAACUCGUCCUUUCUGGAGAGGAGCUUCUGCUGUCGUCUCCGCUGUCUGCUGGACAACUCCUCUGGCUUCCUGGCACUCAGUUUUCAGGGACGGCUGAAGUAUCUUCACACACAAGACCGGACCACAGAGGGCAAAGCGUCGAGUGUCUCGCAGCUCGCCCUGUUUGCCAUUGCCACCCCCGUUCAGUCCCCAGCCAUCCUAGAAAUCAGGACCAAGACCCUCUUUUUCCAAAGCAAACACAAACUGGAUUUUACACCAGUGGGCAUGGACACCAGGGGGAAGGUGGUUCUGGGUUACACUGAGCAGGAGCUGUGCAUGAGAGGAUCUGGAUAUCAGUUCAUCCACGCUGCUGACAUGAUGUACUGCGCCGACAAACACGUACACAUGAUGAAAACUGGCGAGAGCGGUAUCUCCAUUUUCAGGCUCUUGAGUAAGACCGGCGUUUGGGUCUGGGUCCAGUCCAACGCUAGAUUGGUGCUCAAGGAAGGCAAACCCGACUUCAUCAUCUGCGAUCAGAAACCCUUGACAAAUGAAGAAGGCGAGGAGCAUCUCCGUCAAAGGCAGCUGCAGCUUCCCUUCAACUUUGCAACAGGAGAGGGUCUCCUCUACGAAACCUUACCCUCUGUGAUGAUCCCGGGGCGGCAGGAUCAUUCGUCCAGCACCACCGUACAUCCCGACUCCCUCCUGGGCUCCUUACUGAGUCAGGACCGCUCCGUCUACAACCAGCCCCCGGAACCAGCGUCUCCCUUCUCUCUGGCGCACGUCUUUAUGGACAGCCCUGCCUUACUCAGUAUUCCCAACAACAUCCAUCGGGAUUUCACCUCCCAGACCGUUCCAGACACAGAUGACGGAGUCCUUAAAGAGCAGCUGAAAGAAAUGGAAGCAGCUCUGCUGCAGCUACAGGAAAAGGAACCCAUUCAACUCAGCGAUAUUCUGGCCAAUGAUGUUUUCUCAUACGUCGAAGAUGCUCUGUCGAGAGAGACAGACACCACUGGGCGUCAUCAAAACUCUGUGUUGCCUGGCAACCCGAUAAUGAGAUGCGAAUAUUCAUCAUCUCAUUCACAGAAGCUCAUAGAAUCUGACUUUUAUAGACAAAAAGCACCAGAAAGAGAGUGUGCGAAUGAUUCCCAAGACUAUUUUGGCACUCUGAAAUCUUUCCCACAUCCUCCAAACACUUGUAGAUCUAUUCCAGGCCAUUUCCCCAUCCCAUAUCAUAAUAAUCGCUCUUCCUCUAUACAAAAGACUGGCAUGGUGUCGUCAGAUCCAUUCCAAAACAAUCAUCUUCCACCAAGUGUCCCCGGUCGGCCGUUUUCCGUAAACAUCCAGCAUGCCGUUCACCGAGGCGCCCUGCCGCCAUGGCAACCGCAUCAGCACGCCAUCCCAUUAACCCUGCAGAGAUCCCGCUGUGUUCAGAAUGACUGUAUUACCCACAAUGCACCUGUAACGCAGCACCCACAGGACACUGAGUUACAAAAAGAACUGUGCGGCACAUAUGCAAUGAAUCACGGUCUGAGAAGCCACAUAUCCCAGAAUUCAUCAUUGUCCAGUAGCAGUUUCUCAUAUCAGAGAUGUACUUUAUCUUCUAAUGAGACUUUUUCUGGAUUACACAUCACUGGAUCUGUGGAUACGGACUGCAGCCGUGCUACCUGUCCCGGGACAUCAGGACUGAGCCUUUAGUGAACAGUAUAAACACUCUGAUCUGACUGAAUCAUCUUGAGUCUGACACUCACAGUCAAAAUUAACAUUAGCAUGAAUACAAUGAUAAUUUUAGGAACUUAAAAUUGAUUUGAACUCACAUAAGGUGCAUUCUGGGAUGCUUUUUCAACACAGCUGAAGAAAUGCACAUACAUUCUGGACAGCUGACGACGCUUGUUCACUGUCUGCUUCUAGUUUAAUUAGAAAUGAUCAAAUUAGCAUGUUUUGUUCUGUAAAGAAACCCAAUGUAAAAGAGUGUUGUUAUUGUUAAAUAAAAAUCAAGACACCACUUUCUUUAUUAAAAUAAAGCUGAAAUUAAAUAAAAUAAGAUAUAAAUAUUAGAUGAAAAACUUAAAAGCAUUGGAAAUAUUGCCUUUGGCAAUUAACUGAAAUAAGACGUUUAAGUUGAAGUACUAAAACUACCAAAACUAAAACAGAAAAAUAAAUAAAUAACAAAUAACAAAGAAUGACAACGCACAUUAUAAAAUUAUUAAAACAAAUUUAAAUGUAAAAAUCUAAAAAUAAAAGAUGUUAGAAGAAUUGAGUUAUAAUUGAAUUUGAGUUUGCCUAAUAUAUGUGUGUGUACUGUGUGUCAUUAUUAUGUAUAUAUACAAAAUGUACAAAAUAUUUGUAUUUAUAUAUAAUAUAAAUUUUAUAAAAAUUAUAAUAAAUACAUGUAUUUGUAAAUAUUUCUUAAAUAUAUACAAGAAUGUGUUUACAUUUAUAAUUACAUACAGUACACACACAUAUAUUGGGCGAAAUCACGAUUAAUCGUUUGGCAGUCCUAAUAAAUAUUAAUAAUAUUAUUUUAGAAAUACUAUAAAUAGAAUAUAAAUAAUACAAAAAUAACACUGACACCAUUUAAGUCAUUUCAGCAGAUCAAAAACCUUUUACAGAUUAUGAGAAGUAUGUGUGUAAAUUCAGCCUGUCCUAUGUAUUUUGUAAUGAAAUAAUGCAAAAACAGUUUUUUAUGACCUGCAUAAACCAUAUGGCUGAUGAUGCUUGACCCUUGCUGCAGAUUUUCCUUUCCGUGCAGGUUUUACUCCAUGAUAUGAUGUGAUUUCCAUGUUCUGAUGCAUAUGUCUCUCUGGAGUCCAGCGUUAGUCCCUGAGGAUCACAGCAGAUGCUUCUAGACAUCUCUGUUUUUGGCUCCUACAUCUGUUUUAUUAAUCUUGCAUUGUUUUAUUCUUCCUCACUUUAGUGACAUAUUGUGUUUGUUUACAGAUAUAUAUAAAAAUGUCAUUCAGGAUAUCAUAUUUUCUUUCAACACUGAUCACAGUUUCUUUUGUUAUUGCAGUUCGACUUUCAGAUAGAGACACUAAAAUGACUGAUAAUGAUAGUUUGUGUAAUAAUUAGGUAAAUUAUGCCUGUCAUUUG